UGAACCUAUGGAAACGGGGUACUUAUUGUUUAGCAGUUGUUGUAUUUAUUGUUGAAGACGCGGUGGAAGAGGUUUGGAGAAAAUGGCUGUGCGGCAGGUUGCACGUGGUUUGACACUGAUGCUCUUUGUAUUUCACCAAGGUUGUGACUCACAGGAAUUCAGAUGCGGCGAGGCUGUGAACAACAACAGAAUCGUGGGCGGACAGGAAGCAGAUCCAGGCAGCUGGCCCUGGCAGGCAGCUCUAUACCUCUUUGAUACCUUCACCUGUGGAGGGACCCUGAUCAACGACCAUUGGGUGCUGACAGCCGCUCACUGCCUGACAACUGAGGAUCUGAGUGGUGCAGAGGUCCUUCUCAGCCUCCACAACAUCUCCGAUCCCGGCCCCGACGUAGUGACGGUGGCCCUGGACGAAAUCAUCUGCCAUCCUGCCUACAACAGUUUCACGUUUGAAAAUGACAUCUGCCUCCUGAAGCUCUCCACGCCAGUGACCUUCUCAGACAGCAUCCAGCCCAUCUGCCUGCCCACCAAAGGCAGCACUUUCCACACUGGGCUCAGCAGCUGGGUCACAGGUUUUGGCACCAUCGAUAACGGUAAUCUGGCCGAGGUGCUGCAGGAGGUGAACGUCCCGAUAGUGGGAAACACUCGGUGUCAGUGCUACCUCAGGGACUUUUCUGAGAUCACAGAAAACAUGGUCUGUGCCGGCAGGGAAGCUGGAGGGAAGGACUCGUGCCAGGGAGACUCUGGAGGCCCACUGAUGACCCAAACAUCCACGUCCUGGGUGGAGGUCGGAGUUGUGAGUUUCGGAGAUGGCUGCGGCCUUCCCAGGAGACCCGGAGUCUACACUCGUGUGUCGCAGUACGAAGACUGGAUCAGGGAACAGCUCAACGGGUCGGACGUGGGCUUCGUGACCGUCACCCCUGAGGGCAUCGACCCCGACUUGUUCUUCACCUGUCCUACGGCCACCCCCUCCACCACCACCCAUCACUACAAGAUGACCACCGAAGACGACAGUAUCUUCGGCGGCGGGGAAACGCUGAUCCACUUCGCUCACUUCCUCUCCCUCGGUGCCGUCGGUUUAUGUCUGCAUGUACUGUUUGGUGGUGCUCUGCUGUGAUUUCACUCGUUUAUUCUGUUGCUUUUCUUUCAUGACCUUUAAUCAGGGUUAUUUCUUCUGGAAUCUGAAUUGAAUUGUUAAAAAAAAUAAAACAGGAGAAGUAAAAAAGCAUACUUGGUUGCAAACAACGCCACUAAAUAAUUAAACGAUAAGUAAUGGAAAAUAAACUAUUCUGAUAUAAUAUAUUGUAAAUACUUUGAAACCUGUUUAAUUUUUCACUUUUGACACUUUCACUGUUGCUGAGACUCGGCAAGCAUGUUGAAAGUGAAAACUGUCAACAAAAAGUUUCAAGAAGUAGGAAUUCAAGCUCUUUGGAUGUAAUGUAUUAAAACGUUGAUUUGUCUGAUCGAUUCACUUUAAGCUAAGUCAUUCUGAAUGAAGGGAUUUUCACUUUUCAGUCGUAUGCUGUGACUGUCAAAUAAAGAUGAAAUGAAGCAUAAAA